AGCUGAUGGUCAGUGUUGCCAGAGUAUAUAUCGAAAAGAUAUCGGUGUUUUUCCUCUAAAAGAAUGUUUAUUGAGGAUCGAUCGUCAAAAUCUUAAAGAAAGUGUUAUUCCCCCGCUUAUUAUGACGUUCCCUUUGAAAAAUUUUCUAAUCCAUAUGCGAAGUAUUGAUGUCCUUGAUCUACCCUAUUUGGAACGUGAUCUUAAUUUCAAUCAAAAAGUGAGCCUAGCUUUCCUUUUAUUCGGCGAUCAAUUUUCAAAUGGAGCGUAUAUACUGCAAAAACUAUUAGCUCUUGCCCGUCACCAUGAAAUAGAAAGGCGCCAGCAUGAUAGCGAUAUAUUGAGUCAAUAUGCCAAGACAAAUCCUGAAUUUUGGCGUGAACAUCUUAUUGAAUCACUAUGCAUAAUUCAAGCUCGUCGAGUAUUGCGCAAACUAGGAUUCAAUUGGGCGGAGCUACGAGCGCAUUAUCUACCACAGAUCAUUGAGAUAACCCUGCAUAUCCAUCCGCUAUUGAAGGCCCUGUAUGUGAUCUGUGAACAGCUGACGGAGCAUCAAAGUGGUCGACUCGUACUGGACAUCACUGACAUGUUGGCCCGUCGUCUUGGUCCAAACAAUAUGGGUGAUCCGUUCCGUUUCUACGAUUUCAAAUAUUUAGAAAUAUUUCUGCUGGACUGGAUCUGUCGAAGAUUUCUUCAACUUGGCGAUAUUAAUGCCAAGGGUAGCAAUGUUGAAAUAUUGAUUGAGUAUUUCAAAUCAAAAGAUAUGUCUGUCCAAGCCAAAUUACUAAUAGACACCAUUAAUGCUAAUGCUGGCAACACGCCAGAAGAUUCAAAGCCAUCUGCACCUCCACCUCCCCCCGUUGUUAAGUGUGAAAAAGAUACAGCAGAGGAUAAUAAGGAACGCCAAGACAUACCAAAAACUCAGUUGCCAACCUCAGAUCUAACCCCAGCUCUACACUUGACUAGUAGAAACGCUGGCAUUGCUCUAAUCAUAAAUCAGCAAUCCUUUCACCAAAACGUCGAUGAAAGUCUUAAGCACCUAUUGCCAUUUAAGACACUUAGAAGUCGUAUGGGCACCGAUGUGGAUAAACAGAAACUGGAUAAUGUAUUCUCAUCGUUGGGCUAUCAAGUUGAGGCACAUGAUAAUAAGGAUCAUCUCGAAAUGAUCUCAUUAAUACGACACGCCUGUGAACGGUCUAUGUUACCUGAUUCCCUAAUUGUUUGCAUACUUUCGCAUGGCUUCGAAGGAGCUGUGUAUGCAACCAAUAGUAUACCAUUAAAAAUCAUUGAUAUCGAAAAUAUAAUAUGUGCCAAUGAUAAUCUUAAAGAUAAACCUAAAUUUUUAAUAAUACAAGCGUGCCAGCAAAAGGACACAAUGAAUAAUGGCAAAAUGUUUGAAAUGGAAACCCGCAUCAAUUUACCAAAUCAACAUAUUAACAUGUUAUUGGCCAUGUCAACAGUUCCUGGUUUUUCAGCUCAGCGUCAUACUGUACAGGGUAGUUGGUUUAUACAAUGUCUAUGCGAGGCAAUUGAACAGCAUGGAGACAGUAAACAUGUUGGCGAUAUUUUAACAAUUAUGAUCAAUAAAGUUUCACAAAAAUGUGGCAAUAAGGGUGAGACAAUGGUACCCAAAAUCUCUGGCUCAUUGAAGGAAAGUGUAUUUUUGCCCAGACGUCAAAUAAAGUAGCUUUCCGUACGAUAUAUAUGACCACUUUUACUUGGUCACUAUUUUGUAUAUAUUAUUAUGUUAUUUAAUUAUUGUACAAAGUAGUAUUCACAAUUAUAGAAUUAUAUAUUAUUUGUAUUUAUAUUUUGUAUAUGUAAACUUUUUAUA